AUGCUCGUUCCUUACCUGCCCCUACUCCGUCUCUCGGUCUCACUGUAUCCUCCCGCCCGUUCCCCUUGCGCCAAUCGCCCUUCCGCCCUGCCCGACCGUUCCCCCCACCCACCCCCCUUCAGUCCCGACCACGACAUUCUCGAUACCGCGUGGCUGAACGCCGCUGGGGACCCCAGCGCUCCCGCCAAGCCUCUGCCCGUCUCCGCGGCCGACCCCGCGGCGCCCAGCGCCCCCCGCGCGCUGCCUUCCGCGUCCGCGCUUCGCGACGGCGAGCUCGACGACCCCGCCGCCGCCAGCCAGAACGAUCUGCUGGCGGCGCUGGGCCCCGCGGGCGCCGCCACCGACGGCGCUGCCGCGGCGCUGUUUCGCGACGAUGAGGACGAGAUGGAGUCGUGGCUUCAGUACUCCGUCGAGGGUUCCGCCGCUCCCCCCGCCGCCGCUGCCGCCGCUGCCGAUGUCAAAUCGCCGGAAACCGGCGACGGUGCCUGCAGGCCGUCAGGUUCCACGCUGCGGGCAGUCCGUCCCACCGAAGGACCCGCCGCCGCCACUACUGCCGCCUCUCCCUCGCCUGAUCAAGAUGGCGCCGCCGCCAAUGACGGCGGUCUGCGCGGCGACGGCGAGGCUGCGUUAGAAACGCCUUCGCAGGCCAGCGUUGGAGACGCGGGAGUAGGGGGAACGGAAGGGGCGAAGAGCAACGGUGAGGGUAUGGCGGUAGCAGUCGGGGGGGAAGAAGCGCGAGGCAGCAGCGCCAUGGCCGCUCCCGUUUCUCCGCAGCUAUUGCCGCCGCCCUUCCCUAAGGAACCCUCGCAGCAGUCCGCGGAGAAGCCGCCACGCCGCCAGCCCGCGCAGCUGCCGGGGGCACACCACCUUCCGCAGCCGCUUUCCGCUGCCUCCCCUUCCGCAAAGUGCGCCUCCCCUCCGCUCAACUUCUCUCAUUUCUCCCGUCCAGCCGCGCUCUACAGCCGCGCGCACGCCAAAGGCCUAUCUCAUUCCUUCCGCGGGUCUGCGCCUCCCCGCGCGGGCUCAGCGGCGGGAGACUCCGCGCAAUGGAACGCUCCCGGCUCCAUGCUUCCGCCGCUCGAAUCUCCGUCGAACGCCGUUGCGCGCAAGCCCAGGGAAGGUGCGGCCGGCGCGCAAGCAGCAGUAAGUGCGGGUGGGGUGCCAGCGCCAGCCAACAGGUGGUGCGGGCGCGCAGCCGCCGGAAAUGGUGAGGGGGGAGGAGAAGUCGGUUCCGCCAGUGGCGCUAAACUUCCGGGAGGUGAUGAUGGGGGAAGCUCCUUCGGCGGCCUCGCGAUGCGGAAAGGCUUGGGCGGGAUGACGGACACCGGUUCCGCUGACGUGUCUGCGGCUGCGGGGAACUGCGGAACGGGGGAGCCGAAUCGCGCGUUCGCUGCGGGCCAACGAGUUCCGUAUGCGCCGCUGGCGGCGUCGAUGGCGGGGAGUGCGGAGAGGCAGCGGCAGGUGCAGAGCUACUCCGCCAGUGCGGGUGGCGCGGGGGGGCGCGCGCUGACGGGGAUGGGCGCAGCCGCCAUGCGCUGCAACAGCGCAAAUACAGGGGCGGUGGGGGAAAGGGGGAAGGGCAGCAUGGCGGGUAGCGUGGGAGCGGGAGAGGCGGACAGGAUGUGGCCGGGACGGGCGGAAGGCGGAACGGGGAUGCGGAACGGGGAGGAGCGGGUGGCGAGGGCGCUGCGCGAGAUGAAGGAGCGGAGCGCGUGGACCAGCAACACGUGGGGCAGCCGGGACGAGUCGGGGGCGUGGGGCGGCGGCAGGAAGAGGAAGGCCUUCGAGGGGAGCGAGUGCGGCAAGUCCGAGGACAUGCGCGAGGAAUCCGCGGACACGAGGCGGACCGGCGGCGCAGGGGAGGCGGGCGGGGCGGGGAAGCGGUCGAUGAGGGGAGCGAGCGUAUCGGGGCGCGAGGGGAGUGAGGGCAGCGCGGCGAAGCGCGCGAGGGCCGCUCACGUACACAACCUUUCGGAGCGCCGUCGGCGCGACCGCAUCAACGAGCGCAUGAAGGCACUGCAGGAGCUCAUCCCCAACUCCAACAAGACGGACAAGGCGUCGGUGCUGGAUGAGGCCAUAGACUACCUCAAGAUGCUGCAGCUGCAGCUCCAUGUUAUGUCUCUCCGCACGGGCAUCAGCAUCCCACCAGCCCUCGCCCCCACGCCCGCCGCUCUCUCCUCCCUUGCCGCCUCUCCCUCCCUCUCCGCCUCGCCUUCCCUCUCCCUCUCUGCGGUCGCGGCUCAAAUAGCCGCUCCUACCACUCCGCACUCUCGCGCACCGCCCUCCUCCCUGCCUGCCGCUACCUCGCCCACCGCUGCUGCCUUGCAGCAGCUUGCAGGCUCGGGUGCCGCCGCCGGCCUGCCUUCAGAACAUGGCAUGGGAGGCAUAGGUUCGGGUAUUGGAGGCCUGGGGCUGUCCGGUUCGGAUAUGGGCAUGGGCAUGGGGAUGGGCUUGGGAAUGGGUAUGGGAAUGGGCAUGGAUAUGGGGGCUGGUAUGGGGAUAAAUGCGGGGUUGGGAGAGCUUGGGUCCAUGUCUGCCCAGCAGCGAAUGCUGAUGGAGAUGGCAUGUGGUGGCGGUGGCGGCGGUGGUGGCGGCAUGGGCGAGGCCCCUGCAGGCCUGGAUCAGCUCACUCUCCUGCAGCAGAAGCUGCGCCAGCUGCAGAACCUGCAGCAGCAGCAGCAGAAUUUGCAGCAACAACAGAACCUGCAGCAGCACCAGAUCUUGCUGCGGCAAAAUCUGCAGCAGCAACAGAACCUGCAGCAACUGCAGCAGCAAGGGGCCUUAGAGGAGAGUAUGGCAUGUCGGAAAUCACCUUCUGCUGCAGCAGGAGAAGCAGCAGGAGCGGGAGGAGGAGGGGGAGCAGAAUUAGAAGCGCUAGCAGGAGUGACGUCCAGCAGUGCAAGUGUGGAGGGCAUGCGUGCAGCGUCGUCUCGUCGUGCCCGUUUGCUGCAGCAGCUGCAUGCCAUGCAAGCGAUGAGUGCAGCAACAACAGCAGCUCCAGGCACGUGCAGCAAUGGUGGGGGAGGGGGCGAGGGAGGAGCAAGUGAGGCAGAGGGGCUGGCAGAUAUGAGCCGGUUGAUGGCUGGAGGGGGAGUCAGUGCAGGGGAGAUAGCAGGUCUUAUGGGGAGGGCAGGUGCGGAGGCGGGUGGUCAGGAUAAAAGAUCAACAGCAGCGGGUGAUGCGGUAGAGGCGUUUUACAUGCGGCAACAGCUGCAGCUGCAGCUGCAGCACAGGUGGAUGCAAUUGCAGAAGAAGCAAGAGCUGGAGAAGCGGUUGCAGCAAGAGCAGGCGGAGCAACAACAGCAACAACAACAACAGCAGCAGGCUUUCAACAUCGAGCUUUACCAGGCCAUCCUUUCACAGCAACAGUGCCAGCAGAGGGUCUGA